UCCCGAAGCGAUGCUGGGACAGUCGUGGAAUCUGUGGGUGGAAGCUUCCAAACUUCCUGGGAAGGAUGGGCCCGAAUUGGAUGAAAGUUUCAAGGAGUUUGGGAAAAACCGCGAAGUCAUGGGGCUCUGUCGGGAAGAUAUGCCAAUAUUUGGUCUCUGUCCGGCACAUGAUGAUUUCUACUUGGUGGUGUGUAAUGACUGCAACCAAGUUGUCAAACCGCAGGCAUUUCAAUCUCAUUAUGAAAGAAGACAUAGCUCAUCUAGCAAGCCUUCCUUGACUGUUCCUCACACUUCAGUAUUUUCCCUCUUCCCUUCUCUGUCCAAAAGCAAAGGCAGCAGUGCCAGUGGAAACAGCCGGUCUUCCAGUGGAGGGGUCCUUUGCACAUCCUCGUCAAGCUCCAAGUUACUCAAAUUACCCAAAGAGAAACUGCAGCUCAGGGGGAACAUCAGGCCCAUGCAUCCCAUGCAACAGACUAAAGUCCCCCACGGUAGAGUCAUGGCGCCCUCUGUGAAGGUGGAAAGGACACAUCCGAAGAUGGAUGGCACACUACUGAAAUCCACAGUGGGGCCAGCCUGUCCUGCUCCUGUGAGCUCUGCAGUCAAGCCUGGCCUUAACUGCCCCUCAAUACCAAAGCCAACCUUGCCUUCACCUGGACAGAUUCUGAAUGGCAAAGGGCUGCCUGCAACGCCCACUCUGGAAAAGAAAUCGGAAGACGGUUCUAAUAACAGGAAGUUUUUAAAUAAGAGAUUAUCAGAAAGAGAGUUUGAUCCUGACAUCCACUGCGGGGUCAUUGAUCUGGAUACCAAGAAGCCCUGCACCAGGUCUUUGACUUGCAAGACACAUUCCUUAACCCAGCGGAGAGCUGUUCAGGGUAGAAGAAAACGAUUUGAUGUGUUACUGGCCGAGCACAAAAACAAAACCAGGGAAAAGGAAUUGAUUCGCCAUCCAGACUCUCAGCAACCACCACAUCCUCUCAGGGACCCGCAUCCUAUCCCUCCUCGGACGCCACAGGAACCACACCCUUCUUCAGAAGCAAAGCCUUUCGUAGCUAGUAAACCGAAACCUCAUACCCCUAGUCUUCCAAGGCCUCCAGGCUGCCCUGCUCAGCAAAGCGGGAGUACCCCCAUUGACCCUCCUCCAGGCCACGAGUCUCCACACCCUCCCUUGCCUGCCACUGAGCCAGUUUCUCGGUUGUCUAGUGAGGAGGGUGAAGGCGAUGACAAAGAAGAGUCUGUUGAAAAACUGGACUGUCAUUAUUCAGGUCAUCAUCCUCAGCCAGCAUCGUUUUGCACAUUUGGGAGCCGGCAGAUUGGAAGAGGUUACUACGUGUUUGACUCCAGGUGGAACCGGCUUCGCUGUGCCCUUAACCUCAUGGUAGAGAAGCAUUUGAAUGCGCAGCUAUGGAAGAAAAUCCCACCGGUGCCCUGUAGCACAUCACCUGUUUCUGCCCGUAUUCCUCACCGGACAAAUUCUGUGCCGACAUCACAAGGUGGGAUCAGCUAUUUUGCAGCAACCACUGUCUCUACAUCCCCAGUUCUGCUGUCAUCCACCUGCAUCUCCCCAAAUAGCAAAUCGGUACCAGCUCAUGGAACCACUCUAAAUGCACAGCCUGCUGUUUCUGGAGCAAUGGAUCCUGUGUGCAGUAUGCAAUCCAGACAAGUAUCUGCUUCAUCCUCAUCUCCCUCCACACCCUCCAGCCUCUCUUCAGUCCCUUCCUCCCCUCUGUCCAGAAAACCUCAGAAAUUGAAACCUAGCAAGUCUGUAAGGCCCAAGGAAUCUUAUGCUAACAGCAGUAACUGUCACAAUGCCAGUAGCAGUACCAGUGGUGGCUCAGGAAAGAAACGCAAAAGCAAUUCCCCACUGUUAGUUCAUUCGUCAUCCUCCUCGUCAUCCUCCUCCUCUUCUCAUUCCGUGGACUCUUUUAGGAAAAACUGUGUGGCUCACUCUGGGACUCCAUACCUGUCUGCAGCAACAUCGACCCACAGCAUCAGCCUCAACUGUGUGACAAAUAAAGCCCUCUCGGUGAGCCUGCGGCAUGAGCAGGCAGGACGGGGUCCCCCUGGUGUGAGCUCUGCAGAGUCCAUCAAGAGGAUGAGUGUAAUGGUGAAUAGCAGCGACUCCACUCUUUCCCUUGGCCCAUUCAUUCAUCAGUCCAGUGAACUGCCUGUCAACUCACAGGGCAGUUUUUCACACUCGCACACUCCUCUAGACAAACUCAUAGGAAAGAAAAGAAAAUGCUCUCCGGGCUCUAGCAACGUCAGCAACAGUGGCAGCAAACCUCCAAAGGUUGCCAGGUUGCCAGCCAUGAACAACGUCCACAUGAAACACACAGGCGCCAUCCCAGGGGCCCAGGGACUGACGAACAAUUCCCUCCUCCAUCAGGAUAUCUUCUCUCCUUGCUUACGAACAGGAAUUGCAGCAGCAGCACCCCAGAGCCCUGACUUAAAAACCAAAGGCACGUCCCUGACAGCUGACAGUACCACUGGAAGGAAUAAUCCAGACAUUUUUGAAGACAAGUUACACCUCUACUCUGCACUCUGGACCCCACGAUGCCUUUGAGUCUUUGUAAACUCGUGUGGGCUCCAGGGUAACCUGUGGCUGUUUGACAAGGAUUUCCUGAAGCUGUGUCUGUAGCCGUGAGUACUCACAAAGGACACUGGAUCAAGUUCAGCCACCGGAUUGCUUCAUCAGUGUUAAAGUGGUCUGGACUGCUUGCUACCAAUCUGUGAGAAGUUUUUGUUUGUGUUUUGUUUUUUCCAUUUUGUUUUUAAUUUACAGCAUAUCAUGGAGCCACUCUUGAAGUAGACUGGCUGGGCAAAAGAAUGUUUUGGCAAGAGCAUUCUGUCUCUUCCUCCUUUCUCUGCCAGAAUUGUUUUUGAACACAUUCUCACCUGUAGGUCACUCUCCAGGAGGUAGGCACUUUAACUGGAGACUGGAGGCCUUCCAAAGAAAGGGCAGCGAGUUGCAUCCUGACUAGCCUCCUAGAGGAUAUCUGGCUUUAGAUUUUUUAUAGCAGUGUUCAGGAAUAGAAUACUGAUGUUGGUCAAUACAUCAUGACAUAGUAGCCAAGCCCUUUCCAAGUAAUGUGGGAUAAGAAGCUUGUCAAGUUCUUCAAACUUAAGAACUGGUUUGAAGCUGCUCAUAACCGGAUAUUAAGUUGAAAGUAUCUCAGAAGCUUAGUUUUCAUGGUACAAAAGCAUGUGUGAUAAAAGGAGAGAAAUAAAGAACAAUGAAGAAAAGGAAGACGGAGAGACAAGGAAAACUAGUUUUGGUGAUGAAAAACCAGCUGGGACACCGGAUUUGGGGAGGUGAAAAAAAAUCAUGAAGUGGGGCAAACCUUACAGGAUUUCCAAAGACACGGACUUCUCUUCUCAAUGCAUUCAUGUUGAACAGUGUGUCAGAGUGGGCUGAUUGUCUUACUCAGUCUGCUUUUUAAGAUUUGCCUUUUUAAAGUUAUUAUGAUGUCCUUAAAUAUUUCCAAGGCAUUACUCCCAUUUCCUCUUUCAGAAAUGUUUGGAGAAGUGUAGGUGUCUGCUUUCAGGACUGCCAUCCUUGUGUGUGUCACAGCCCCCUUCAGGCCACUAGAGAUUUGAUGUGGAUGCAAGUGGGCCAAGAAGCAGACACAAGGAAGGGUAGUCAGAGAGCCUUGGGUGUGCCCGGGGAGGGGAGCAGCUCGUGAGGGUCAGCAGUGUUCACUCACGCACACCCUCCUUCCUCAUGAUAGUGACAGCCAUCUUCCUUCAGUGAGAUGUAAAUCCCUCUUACGAUUUUUCAGUACCCCACUCCCAAAGAAUGUUUAACAUUGCUUGAAAAGUUGUCUACCAGUGAAUUUGGGGAGGAUCUAGGGCCAGUACCACAGCUCCUGCACAGACAACCAAGUCCUCUGGCUUAGGAGAGGACAGUCGAGUGGCCAAAAGAGUCCGGUCCCCGGGGCUCUGCUCCUUGUCCUGGCCGGUGUCUGGGCAGAGUCCAGUCAGUGCAUCCUUUCCCUUCAGUUCUUGGUAACAAACUAGAGUUUCAGGGAAUUUCAGUCAACAACAGGUAGAAUGAAUAAAGACUUGGUUACCAGCCUCAUAAUGUGAAUUGCUACACUUUUACUCUGUAAGAACACAAAGACUUUAUGCAGAUACUUUAACUAUAAAUUAAUGUAAAAUGUUGAAUUUUUUAAGGGAGGGAAAACAGAAUCUUAUUCACUUAUUAUGCAAUCAGUCAGUGAAUGUUUUAAAGAUGACGCUAGAAGCGAGCUAUAAGGAGAGAACAUGGAUGACCAGUGUGGUCAGGUUAGGAGGGCCGGUCUGUUGUUCAUCCCAGUGGUGGAGGAGAAGGUAGGAGGGGCUCAGUUACAUAGUAAUUACUUGGUGACAAGUGCAAUGGGGUGUGGGUAGAAUUGAUUCUCAGAGCCAAGGGGACUUGAUGGUUAUAAAUUAAGUUGCUUUUAAUGAUGGAAUUUAUAGACAGGUCAUGUUGUUCCGAAAGAUGUGAAUAGGAGCCACAAUUGGAAGUUUAUUCAGAAUAAAGUAGAGACUUAGAUUAGUGAGUGUUAUCAUUUGAUUUCUUAGACUGGGGUUUUAAUUGAACUUCAUUAUAUCUCCAGGUAACACAGAGCCUCGGGAUUAGGAAAAGCCAUUUUGGAUUCUGCCUGCCACAAACAGACAUAUUCUAAACAGUGCUACUAAAGUUUAGACUGUUCAGAUAUUUUAUUUUCUCUGACAACUACUUUUUAUGAUGAUGAACAGUUAAGACCACUUAAAAUAUGGGAGUACAAAUAUUUUUUGAAUUAGAUUAACUUGCAAAAACCAAAUUUGCAGUACUUGGAUUGUUUCUAGACAGACUUCGGUGUCAAUUUAAAACUAAGAUAAUUUUUAUAUUCUUUCCAAUAGAAUUCUUGACAGUUUCUGCAGUUUCUUAAACUUUAAAAAAAAAAAAAAGUGCUGCAAUGAUGAACAAAGAAUUAUUAAAAAAAAAAAACAACUACUUUUGUAUCUUUAUUUUGGAAUUUCUUGUUCUAUUAUAAAUAUGGAAGUAUCCCUAUUUCAGAAGACAUAUUUUGUUAAAAAUGAAUUGUACAUAUUUAAAUAUGUAUUUUUGCACAGGUCUUUUUUUCUGAUAUCCUGUUUUGGUACAAUUGAGAUCAUCUAGUAUUUAUUUAUUAAUUAAUAAAAAUAAAUACCUUUUUAUAAUUUGAAGUGGUUCACUGCCAAGCCAAUAGUUUAGAAACCGCUUCCUUUACAGUUAAGGGAUGCCUCUGUUCUGUGAAAGUCUCUGUCCUUUUUAGUGUCUCUGGAGUGGAUUCAUGCAGAUGAAUUGGGCGUAGCUUCUCUCAGUUGCCUGAUUUCCAGAUAGACUACAUGGAACUAAGUGACACACUGCUUUUCUUUUAGUUUGUGUGUGUGUGUGUGUGUGUGUGUGUGUGUGUGUGUGUGUGUGUGUGUGUGUGUAACACUCUGAGCACACUUGUGUUAUUAGUAUGUGACGUGGUUUAAACUAAUGGGAAAACAAAACGAAACAAAACUGAAAGUGCCUGAACCUAGUUGAAGCUCAGACAGAUUCUCUUUAAAGACUUGAAUGCUGAGUUGAACUUCUGGAGUUUGCUUUUCCACCUAAAUAUUAUUUCUAAAGUUUUAGGGGAGAAGUUAAAAGCCAUCAAGGCUGGUAAUUUUUUAUAAGGGGUUUUAAAAUUAAGACAUUUUGGUUCACAGUCAUCUACCUGGCAAUGGACUGCCCAGUGCCACCAAGGGUUAUCAACUGUUGUCAGCCAGCAGCUGUUUGUUACUCAUGAAAUACAGAGUUUAAGAUAGGAUAUUUAAAAUAUUUUGUAUUAAAAAAAUACAAGAAGUACCUCUGAGAACAUUGACAAAAUGUUUAAUUUGAAAAACAAUGUAACUUAUAAAGGCAGCUGUCUCCUGUAAGAGUUCUGUUGCCAAGGGGUUUCUUAAUGUCUGUCUCCAUUCUGUCCCAGGCCGGGGAAAAGUUAGGCUUUGAAAAAUGAUUGUUAAAAGUUUCAUUGUUUAAAAGAAAAUAAUCAUUUUUACAUCUUAUUGUAAAACAUUUUACCUUUUCAGAUCACUGAAAUGAGCACUACAUAUUGUCAGUGUGAAUGCAGGGCCUUGAAAGAAUUUUGCUUUUUUUUUUUUUUUUUUUUUUUUAAAGCUUGGUUAUAAAAGCAAUCCUCCUGUGUUAAAAUGUGUGAGUAGUUUGAUAAAUGUGUACACAUAAUCAAGAGCAUCUCAGCUGGACUUUGUGUUGGCUGCUGUAUAGAAAUGAACAAACGUCAAGGGAUAGAAAAUUACUUUGGAUAUUUAAAAGAGAAGAAAUAUAUAGUCUAUUUGUUUUGUAACAAGUUUCUGUAAAUAAAAUAAUUUAUACUAUUUAUAAGAAAAGUUGUGCUUUGCUUUAUGAGAAAUUAGUUUGUUGAACAAACAUGUUAUUAAAUGGGCAAUAAAAUUAGGACUUCUCAAUAAAUAAGGUUGGCUGCAUGAA